AUUUGUGUUCUUUAUUUAAAAAAUUAACGAAGCCAGUCUUUCCAGAUCGGUUUGAAACAAUCAAAAUGACGACCAUAAAGAUUAUGCUCGUCUCAAUUUUAAUAGUUAUAGAUAUAGCUUUAGCAAAUCCAACAACUUUGAAAACAAAUGUGUCGGAUAAAGUUGAAAGUAGUAACAUCACGAACGAACUAAAAGAAGAAAUUCCUGAUGAAGGCUGGGAAUAUGAAAACUCAACUUAUGUCGAUACUAGAAGAAUAUUAUACAGUAAAAGGGUUGUUGCUGGGAAAAGACCUUAUAUGGUCUAUCUUCAACUAACGAAAGAAUCAGCGAAAGCUCAUAAAUAUCGCGGCUGGUUAUGUGGUGGGGUCAUAUUACAUCAGUACUAUGUGCUAACAUCGGCGGCGUGUGUUGAAGAUGCUGACCAUUUCUAUAUUGUCUCUGGAACAACUAAAUACGUUGACAGCUUUGAUUAUAAAAAUGACGAUUGCGUUUGCAAACACAGACGGAAAGUUGUGUGGAAAUGUAUUCCUAAAAAUUAUAAAUUUGAUUUCCAAGAUAGCAUAAAAUGGUCAUCCAACGAUAUUGCGAUCGUAAAAGUAGAUAGGCCAUUUAAGCUCGGAAUCACAGAGAAGGAUUGCGAGUUUGCCACUGAUCUUGUUUGUUAUAAUAAUAUAAGUAGGGAACUUGAAAAGGCUGGAACUAAAGGCUAUAUUGCUGGCUGGGGAAGCGGCAACAACUUUAGGGAGGGUGUGUAUCGUCGUCAAAACGGCCACAUACCAACAAAUUCGAAAUACCUUCAAGAGGCUAAAGUUUGCGUCAUGGACAAUGAGCAGUGCGCUAAAAAGUGGGCGCAGCGUUUUAGGAGCAUCAUCACACAAUACAUGAUCUGCACCAAGGAUGUGAUGAAACGUCUCAGCGAGAUUUGCGAUAAAAAAUACGCGAAUUGUACCGACGUAGAGUCAAGACGCAUAGGCAUAGAUGACGAUUUGAACGAUGAUCAAACAAACUACCGUCUAGACCUUGGACGCCACCUCCGAGAUCCCGAUGACUAUACAGCAAGGCGUACUACCAAACAGGGAGGGUUUUGUGAGAACGACCAUGGAGGUCCUCUAGUAGUGAAAUAUCAAGGAAAAGAAAGAGUCAUCGGUGUGAUAUCAGCCUGCAAGAUAGAUCCAAAAACCCACAGCUGCCACGGACCCUUCCUGUACACCAGCGUCUUCAUGAACAGACAGUUUAUAUCUUGUGCUAUCAACAAGGAUGUGGAAGAAAAUUGCCGAAGAGUGUUCCGUACUGGUAUAACACACGAAGAAUGGUCUGUCAAUUGGGAUGACAAAGCCGACGACGAUGAGAUUCAGGAUAGAGCAAGCGAAGAGAAACGAAGCAAGCCUGAUAAUAAUAGUGAUGAAGAAAAUGCCGAAGUUUUAAGCAAAAAAGACAAAGGGGAGAAAAAAGGUUCUGAUUCCUCAUCGAGUAGUGAGAGUAAAGAAGAUGUAGCAAAAUCAAGUACGAAAAAAACCGAAAAGGCACAUAAGAAAAAACAUACCAAGCAUUCGAAGUCAAAAAGAAAUACGAGGGAGUCGAAACGGGAGGGAGUUUUAAGGGGACACGAGGAAGUUUUCUAUGAGUCCAGCAGAGAUGAUAACGUCAACGAACCUGAUGAAUGAAGUGUAAUAAAAAAUAUCUGAUAAGAAUUAA